CACAGCCGCAGUCAGUCAGACAGACGGUCGGUCUCCCCGCAGAGGCGGCAGGCAGAGGGAUCAACAAACACUCCUCCUCCCGCCUCGCAGAAACCAACAACUGCUGUAGAAGAAGUGAAGUCGACGCGAUGUUUAGUGCGAAAUGCUCCCGUUCAGUGUGAGGAGAGAGCUCAUAGAGAGGAAAAAGGCUGCUGAAAGUGGGUGAAGUGUGACAGCAGCUGGAGAAAUACACCGACGGAUUUGUGGACCGCACGUGGAAAGCACCAGUGAAACACAGAAGUGAAGGGCGGAUCUCGUCCUCUCCACUUUAACCGUUGUCAGCUGAUAACUCCUGCCUACUUCAGAGAUGAGUGCCAAGUCAGCAAUCAACAAGGAGGUCUUCACCCCCCACGAUGAGAAGAUGCUCGCAGCUGUGCAGGUGAAGCGGAGAACCAAGAAGAAGAUCCCCUUCCUGGCCACUGGUGGUCAGGGAGACUACAUGACCUUCAUCUGUCUCUCAGUUACAAAUAAGAAACCGUCCCACGUAUCCAUAACUAAAGUGAAGCAGUUCCAAGGAUCCACUUCCUUCAUAAAAAGAUCCCAGUGGACAGUUGACCAGCUACGGCAGGUCAACGGCAUUGACCCAAACAAAGACUGUCCAGAGUUCGACCUGAUGUUUGAAAAUGCUUUCGACCAGUGGGUCGCUGGAUCAGCAGGAGAGAAGUGCACCUUCAUUCAGAUUCUCCACCACACCUGCCAGCGCUACAGCUCCGCGCGGAAACCCGAGUUCGUCAACUGUCAGUCCAAACUACUGGGGGAAGACCAAGGUGUAGAUUCAGUCUUUUUACGCUGCAGGGUCUAUUUGAACAAAAAGAGGAAAGAAUUUGUUGCACACCACACUCAUCUACUAAGACAAGGUAACAGUAUACUACACUCAGCUGCAGACAGCGUGACAAGCGCCGUACAGAAGGCCAGCCAGGCUCUGAAUGAGCGCGGGGAGCGAUUAGGCCGGGCCGAAGAGAGGACCGCGGACAUGAUGAACAGCGCUGAACAGUUCUCUGUCACUGCGCAGAAGCUUGCCAUGAAGCACAAGUGUUAAACCACUGCCAAAAUCAACUGGGGGGAGGGGGAUCAACCAAUCGCCCGUCGUUGUACAGGAGAAGGAUUCCAGAGUUUAUUCUUUUCAAGAGUUGUAAUAUGAUUACUGUUUGUUAACAAUGUUAACAUCUUAAUGUUUUGCGUUGUGUUCUGAUGCAUCUUCGGAUGGUGACGCGUCGAGCUGAAGGGGACAACGAGAGGUAAACAGUCCUACAGCAGAAUGUUUUCAAGCUUCUGUUUGCCAAAAAAAAAAGAAAAAAACAACCAACGCGGCCCCAGCUACGACUGCAUUUUUUAAUCUCAGUCAAUGAAGACACUCACACGUCUCACAUGCUUCAACACUAAUGUGACUGCACACAUGCUGACGAGUCAUUAUCACUAAUCAGUGCGAGGCAAGCAACAGCUCGUCCUGCAGGUUAUUAAAUUGUUAUAAAUGAAUUAAACAGAGUUAUUUAUGAGCCCUGCGGUGAUUAUGCAGUCUGACUGUAGUGACUGACCCUCUCAUGGGUUUUGACUUUAAACGGAUACAUAACACGUUGCACACCUGAUGACAGCCACAGUUUAAAAAAGGAUGGCGCUCAAAAAGAAUAAUUACAUCUGUGGAUAAAACAACGUUAACUCUGCCCUUUAACAUCAAUACUUCCAAACCUUUAUUCUUACAAUGCUUUAAAUCAAACAUUCAUGUAUCUAAUGCUUCUGUCGACUUUUGGGCGUCGCAGUCUGUCGCUCAGUUGUUUUGUCCCUCAUUUCAAGAUGUAUAAAUACCAGUAUUAGUCAAAUUACUUACAGCAUUUUAUUUAAUCUGAAACCGAAGGGAGUAAUCAGAGGGAGUAUAUAAAAAAACUAAACCGAAAUAUAAUAUUUCAGCUGUUGAGUCAGACUUGUCUUACAUUUGAAUAUAAACCAAAAUACCAGGAAUACAUUUUCCAACGUUUUUGGAAGUGUACUUGAAGAUCUCAUGUUUUAAAAAAAUAAGCUUUUAAAGUAUCAUAAUUUAUGUUUAGGGGAAUUGGGGGUCUAAUUCAGUAAACCAGCUUCUGCAUUGUAAAAAGCAAAACGUGUGAUUCCUCACUAUUAUAUCUCGAUGUCUGUAAAGCUGAUAUGUCUCACAAACAUGGGAUGUUUUUAACAAUACUCCCGGCUGUUGUCUCCACUUCAAACAGUGAUUAUGUGUUCUGCUUUUUGUAUACGUUGGGGUGGUCACUAUAAUGACGUGUACACUGUUAAACACAGGGCCAAAUGUCUUCAAUGUCCGCAGCAGCAGUGUGUACUUCUAGUGUUUGGUUUGUGUCAUUUCUCUCUCACUGACUGACCCUUUUGGCUUCCUCGCUGGUCACUUAGCACCAUCACAAUCGAGAUGUAUUUGAUUCUUUUUAUAUUUUGAAUUUUAUAUAAUUCACAAUGUUACAAUGCACCGACAACCUUAUCUCGCAGAGCACUGUUGAGUUCACAAUGAAACGUUCCAGUUGCCUCACUGUUAUUGUGCUUGUAUUCCUCUUAACACUUUGGAUGUUUUAUGUUUUAAUAAAAAGAUGUGUCAAACAAA